GUUCACAAAUAAUAUUUUUAGGAUAUUAGUAUUUUAAAAAUUAAAUAUAACUAAUAUUUUAGAUAUAAAUUAUAUUUUGGAUAUUCUUCGUAGACAUAUGUGGUUUUUGGUUCUUGGUUUAUAUGCUCAUUUAUUGGAGAAAUCUGGGACAGUCCACUACUUGAAACAGCCAACGGUGAGGAUGCUUUAGUCGCUGUCCUGAGAUGGAACCCAAACUACAAUUAACUAAGAUUAAAAGGCCAAACCGCUUAACAUGUCAAUGUAAUGUCAAAGGAUCAUAUUGAGUCGGCUGAUAUGAACGACGGCGAGAAUGUAAGGGUUGAUGCUCCCAUGGAGAUUCCUAAGAUCUCAAAGCUUGACAGGCGAAUUGCUGAACCGAGGAUGAAGAAGAAGAGAACGAAAGCUGAGUCUCUCACAUCUCUUAACAAUCUCGAUGAUGGUUGCCUCAUGCACAUCCUCAGCUUCCUAUCUCCAAUUCCAGAUAGGUAUAACACAGCACUCGUUUGCCACAGAUGGAGAUACCUGGCGUGUCACCCUCGCUUGUGGCUACGCGUUGACCGUUUUGUGAAGGAUCUACCCCAGCCUGGAGUUUUCCACGACAUUGAGUCGGCCGUAUCUGCAGCGAGACCUGGUGAUACCAUUUUGAUAGGAGCUGGUGGGAAUCAUCUCGUUUCUAAUAUUCAGAUUAAAAAGCCUCUUUGCCUGAUUAGUGGAGGCGAGACUCCUGAUGAAACCACCCUCGUCUGCUCUCGAGGUUCAGACAGUGCCCUGGAACUGCUAUCAACCUGCAAGCUUGCUAACUUAACAGUGAAAGCCGAGCUUGGUUGCUGCUUGCUUCAUAGGAGUGGAAGAGUAACCAUUGAUGGAUGUGUGCUUCAAUGCGAAACAAACCCUUUGGAUCAUCUCUCAUGCCCAAUCGUCAGCACUGCUGGAGAUGAAGAAGAAGAAGAAGAAGAAGAUAUAUUGAGCCAUGUGGAAGUGAAGGAAGCUCUUGUUGAAAAGAUUAAAGGCAACAGUGUGAGUGUUUUGCAGACAAGGAUCGAGGGAGGUGCCAAGUCUGUUUCGACAAGCGGACACUUGGUUCUGCAGCGUGUUAGAGUCAUGUAUUCCAAAGCUUACCUCUAUUUCUGGUUCGAUGUAGAUCAUAAGUGAAAGUGAAUCUUUGUUGUAUGUUAGAUUAGUACACUUUUUCUUCAACCUGUAAUAUUUUGUAUUAUGUGGGGAUGGUUGGUGUUAUUGGUCAUCAUCAUCCGCAUCAUCUCCUUUUGUACUUUAUCUUUAGGUAUCUACUUUAUAGACAGAACAUGUCUCUUUGGUCUUUGUUAAGAAUAAAGUUGUUUUGAUUAAACAUU